AUGGACUCUCUCUUCCAGGCACUAGUUUGUAAACAUUCUCACACCAAUAACCUAAAUGUUAGUAUUACAUCAUCUUUUGUGAUGUCCCUAUCUCUCUCCCUGAAAGAAAAAAGGCUGGAUUUUUAUGGAGAAGGCAAGACAUAUGUCAGCCAGACCAACACCGUACCCGAACUCAGCCGACUCACAGUAUGUAUUGAUCUGAUAUCCAUGACUAACAGCUCACAUUACUGGAUGGCUUUCUUCUGUAUUGCUAAUAACACUCUCCUGGGCAGAGAAGAUGUAGACCUUGAACUUGAGGGAGACCAUCAGCAGCUGAUACUGUACAACUUUGGCAAUACCUUUUAUAUCAGUUAUCACUUGAUUCAAUUUCACUGGCAUACCACAUGCUUGAUACGGGAUGGUGUGAAGGGCAGAUUAGAACUCUUCUGGAACAAAGAAAGGAUCAGCCUGCAUCCUAAUGGGACUUUGGCCCUGGGGCACUUUCUUAGGAACAGAAAAGGCCAGAUUAAAACUGUGAUACCUUGCUUUACCAGCAGCUUGUAUUACUUUCAGGUCUGGGACCACCUUCUGGAAGAUGAGGAGUUUAUGACGUGUUUAUAUGGAAAUGUAGUUAGUUGGGAAGAUGAUGUUUGGCUCAUCCACAAGAUAAGUCCAACUACUGACAAGAGACUGCGCUGCUUUGUUUCUGAAAAUAUGAAAAUUCAAGAAAUGAGUACAACUGUUUCACAGCACAUCGACCUAACAGCUCCUUCCCAAAUUACUGGGCUAAAUCCACAGAAGACUGUACAUGCAUCCACAGUGUUUCCAGAAAGCAAGCCUGCUUUUACAGUGAAUCAUGCAGCCAUCACAUAUUCUCAUACAUUAUCCUCACCUCUAGCAACAGUGAGUGCAUCAAAAGAGUUAAGCACAUCUACAGCCCAGACAGCUCCAUUUUCAGCAGGUAUCUUGUAUGUGUCGACAACCAUUCCUUUGCCUAUCCAGUGUACAUUCAUUCAUACUUCCACUGGCUCCACAAAUAUAACAGAACACCCAUAUCUAGGAAAAACAAAGACAACAAAAAUGGUGGAAGCCGUGACUACGGAGGCCUUUCAUCCAACUAUAGCUACUUAUUUAUUUGACACAUCUGUAAUCACCAAGAAUUAUACUGUAUCUGAAACUCUAGCAACUCAAUCCGAGUCACCUAUUGGGAAAACAACUUUAUUCUCGAUGAACCAGUCAACAAUCAUGUCUACAACAUCUUGCCCCAAACACAAAUCCACAGAUGUGGCUAUACCCCUUACCUCUAAAUCUGGACAAGAAUUUCUUAUAUCUUCAGCUGCCAGAACUUUGUCUUGGUCCACAUUAGAAGAGACUUCAGCUAUUGCUACUGAUGUUGGGAUUGCAUCAGCCUUCCCACCAGAGUCUUUGCUCACCUCCGCAGUUGCUCCUUUGAAUUCUGUAUUUACUGGAAAUCGGGUGGCAUCUACCUUGCCAGGAACUGAGGUGGAAACACCUUUCACGGCCCAUUCAGGGUUGCCUAUGGAGACCAUACCUUCCCUAAGAACACUGAAAACAGAGUCAGUGCCUACAAAUUUCCAUGAUGUCUUUUCACCCGGUGUGGUGCAUACUAUAUCUUCUCCCAUGCUUAAAGAGACCUCUUCCACAGUCUUUUCUUCCAUUACAUCCUCUCCAAUCACUGGAACCCAGGAUGAACAUAUAGUUAUUGAUACUAAGAGUACACAUCCAGCCUCACCUCCCAGAACCAAACUUGUUCCUACAUUGGCUGAAGUCUCUCUUUUCUCCACCAUGGAAGGGCUAGCAUACACCCAGAAUGCACCUACAACGGAUGAGCCCAUGCUUACUUUACUAUUUACUAAAUCACCUUCAAUGUACAAUACAUCUGAAUCAGGUCUCACACCUGUAACAAAUAAAACAGACUGUCGGUUCACCAAUGAGACAACUUUGAUUUCUAAAUCAGGUCAGACCUCAUUGACCUCUAUGAAUACAACCACCAUACCUACAUUCAUACCUAAUAAAAAUCUCACAUUAUUAUUCCAAGGUAGUACUACUGAUACAGAUCAUUCAUCUAUGACCGCUAAUAUCACCCCACUUGAAGCACCCACAGAGAACAAGGCUACCACCAGCUCUGAUGCUACUACCGCCAGGUAUACAAUAGCUGUAUCCAAACCAACAUCCCAGGGGCUUAGUAACUUCUCCAGUGUGUCUGAAAUCACCUUUAUACCAAGUCAGCUUGAAUCUCAACUCAGCACCUUAGUGGUGAAAAGCAGCUCUACACCCACAGUAGCUGCAAACAAACUUCCCUCAACACCAAGGGAGACAGUUGUUCCUUCGGUGGAUAUGUCUACCCUUCCUGACAUUACACCACAUUUUUCUACUGAAAAGAGCAUUUCUGAAGCAACACAAAUAGAAACAAAUUAUGUGAGCACAGUUGAUGAUACUAUGGCCCCUCUACCAAUGUCUGCAACGACACAGAAAGUCUUUACCACUGUGACAAACAAACCCACUUCCUGUCAUCCUAAGGUAAAGUCAUCCAUAGCAGCAGUAGCUAAGGCUUCUCCAUUUUCAGCAGUGUUGGAAACAACAGAUGAAUCAGCACAAAUGGUGACAGCUUCUGUCACUGUUUCCCCUUUUCCAGAUACAGAAGAAUUGACUAAUGCAUUGAAUAAUGAAACUGCAACUGCUGAAAUGGGAGUCAGUUGGCUUUCAACAAAAAUGAUGAAAAGCACACCUAGGAGUUCAUACAAUGGAACUACAGAAACCUCUAACAGGUCUCACACCUAUGUAGUAUAUUGGACUUCAGAGACAGCUGAGGGGAAUGGGGCUUCUCCACCCACUUCUGUGAGCACCCAGACAUUCCCUGAACUUCUGACUUCUUCAAUAACAAGGAUGAUGGGAACCACUUUCUCCACUGCUCCUCCACAGAAGACAGCUGUGUCUUCGUCGCUUGGUAUCUCGCCUCAACAGACUGCAGCUCCUCACUCCUCAGCAACUCCUCAACUUAUUACAAACAUGCUCUCACUGCCAGUUAACAGCUUUGCUCUCACCUCUCCUGCCACCACUAUGGUGGGUUUUGAUGAGUCUAAGGUUACCUUGUCCCAGCCAUCUACAUUGGCCAGGGAUUUCACUACAUCUAUGCUCUCGGUUGGCUUAACUGUACCAACAGUGACAAAGACCAUAGAAUUGGUGCUGCCAAGGAGUCCAAAAACUUCCACAAGCAGUGAUAUCAUGUCUACCCACAUAGACCCACUCCAUGCCACUUCAGAAGUCACAGAGAUCUCUUCCACAGCAGCAUUCAUGGCAGUUUCUUCUCUGAGAGAGACUUUGGUAACCUCGCUGAGACCUCCCACUCUUGUGAUAACUAAAGCUAUAACCACCCUUCCUUCCAUCUCAGCUGAUUUAGUAAAUCCAUCCAUAUACACUCUUGUCUGCUCAAGGCCUCCUGCUAAUAACAUUACCAUUGUGUCCUCUACUUGCAUUAGCUCAACUGCAUCUACAUCAGUAGCAACAACACCUGCAUCUCAUGUUGAGGCUUCAACUCAUGGUUUUAGCUUUCCUUACACUUUUAGUAGUGCUGGAGAUGUCAGUAUGGCUUCUGGACCCACAGAGACCUCUGCUGGUGGUGAGAGCAUGUCGCCCCACACCGCUGCCAAUAGGUUUACUACCUUAGUCGACAGUGAAUCUACCACAAAUUUCAUAAACACACCAGUCUCCACCCAACUGGUGGUUGCCACCUCUGUGUUGUCUUUGGACAAAGAGCAGACCAACAUCUCCAUGAAGAAAACCCCCAGGACUACAAGGGUGGCAGAAAUUUUCCCAUCCAAGAAUUCCUUUAUUUCAAACUCCCAGAGCACUUUCCCUUGGAAAAUGACAGGCUCAGAAUUUUCUGAGAUCACAGAAGUCUCUAGCCACCAAACACAUUUGCCUUCAGAGAUUCUACCUGGUUAUCCAUCUUCUGGAAAUGUAGGCACAUCUUCUACUUCUGGGAGCAGACAGACCACACAAACAUUGACCUCAAGUGCCAAAAUAUGUGUUCAUGCUUCAGAAGGGUCAACUACUCUUGAGAAAACUGCACUCCCUUCACACGUUCCGACAAUAACCAAGUCUUUGUCUCCUGAUAAAGAAAGGACAAGAGCCCCUUCAGAAUAUCCUCCCAAGACUGUGGAAAAGAUAGUGAGUUCUUCUCCUGUGACUCACCCAGCUACAGGUCACCAGGCUACUCUAUUUGCAGAUGCUUCCAGGACAACUAGAAUAUCACAUCCUGUGCUCAUCAACACAAGUCUUUCACACCUGCUUUCACUUAAGACACAACCUGCAGCGACAUGGAUUGCUUCUUCCACUUCUGGAAGCACACAGACUUUCCUCAAGUCCUUCUCUCCCUUCACAACUGGACUACUCAACACCAAUUUUACUAUGAUCACUCCCGAUGGGAGCACUACAGUCUUUUCAGUUCCAAAUGAAUUUACAAACUUUCCUGAGGAGACCUCUAUGGAAAUGUCCACUUCUAUUGACCAAAUGGCUUCAUUGCCACUCAGUGUCACUGCCUUUACCUCCAAAAGAGUUUCUAACACUCCCACAAUGCUAAUGACUAAAUCUUCUAGAACAACACACUCUGGUGAUUUGAAAUGUGUCUCCAUAGGUACUUCUGGGCUUACGUCUGAGAAGUCCUCAAUGCCAACUAAUAACUCUGAUUUCUUAACUACAGUGCUUUCUUUUGAAACUUCCAUAAGACUUGGCACAUUCUUUACUUCACUGUCUUCAUCUCCUCCCAAGACUACUAAAACCACCCAAGCAUCAACAUUGGAUAUGACACCAGUGUAUUCUGGGCCUACUUCAAAAAGCACAGUAGCUUCAUCUACUUUCACUAAUUCAGAAGUGGCAGAGGUACCAUUCAAUAACACAACUACACCUCUUUCCUCUCCAGUAGAACUAGAUUUUUCAUCUAUGAAAACUAUUCCAACCAUUAGUGUGGCUCGGACAGUGACUUCAGUUAUAGACAUCACUCCCUCCUCUCAGCUCAGUUCUAAGAAUACUGAAGAUAUUACCUCCAUUCCAAAAACCAGGUUUUCAUCAUUACUUUCAACAACCCAACAAUCACCACAAAAAAAUGAGGCUACCACUCUGGACAUAUUACCUGGGAUCACCAACAGUUUCCUAUCUACUGAGAACAGUGGUGGAGUGACAGAGCUCAUUAAUGCCCAUUCCAGAAUAACUGUACCUGCAAGUGGGCUUUCAUCUACUCCUUCAGAUAGUUUUUAUACUUCCUUGAAUAUUCAGGUUUUCCCAUCUUUGACUAACUUUAGAGGCACCCUUAGACCUACAGAAAGUGUAAAGCCCACAGUAACACAACCUUCCCUUGAUACAGGAAAGACAACUUCCUUGUCAGAGAAUAUGAUCUCAAGCGAAGUAACAAAGAGCAGCACAUGCUUGAAUACUCCUGUUUUAUACCCUUCAUGGACCCAAGCCAGUACAACUACAUCUUCUUUGACAUCAUUUUUUUACUCACCUCAUAGUACUGAAGCCAAGUUUCCUCUUACAUCUCAAAAGGAUGAAUUUCCAGCAUGGGGUACAAGAAUUACAAGUAGUAUCACCAAGUCUCCACUUACAACUUCCAGAAACACACCCAGAGUUGAAUACUCUCAGUUUCCAUUUUUCACAACUACUGCAAUGACACCCAUCAGAAUGGAAGCAGACCCUCUUCACUUUACUCCCUGGACUUUCUCAACAUCCACAACAUCUCAGAUUGGUUUGGUCUCUAGAGAUAUUACAGCAAUGCCAUCAAUUUUCACAUCAGAAAGCCUUCCUACUUUUGGGAUUUCUGGGAGUACUUCAUUAUCAACAUCUUCCACAUUUCUCUCAACCACUUUGGCUGCCAUUAAGCAUACAUUUGAGAAAACAUCCAUGCUGGUAACCCCUGAAACCACACUCUCACCAAAUUCUUCUGUAAUUUCCAAGGCUACUUUAUGGACUUGGAGCUUACCUAGUCUCCCUUCAGACUCUCUGACAUCUGUAUCUAACCCUCCUCAGUUUUUAACUUCACCUGCAGGAGAGAUGUCGGAAUCCACUUUUCCAUCUUCUGACAUGAUAGCAACAUACCCUAACUUUACAAUAGGACUUCGUUCUGAUAGAAGUGUCACACCCAAACAAGCUAUUCCUGUAGCUAUACUGGGUGUCAUCACUCUUGACUCUUUGACUUCUCUCCCCAUAUCUACAAAACCCAAAGAUGACAGUCUAUACACAUCUACAUUCCUUGAAUCAUCCCCCAGAACUCCUGUGGCCAACAACUUCACAACUGUGCCUGAAUCCAUGUCCUUUAGUAGAAUAAGUACAUUGUCUUCUAUAACCAGUUAUGACCUAUCAAACCCUAUGGAAACAUCUGUAUGGAGUAAAGUACAAGAUACAUCACAAUCCCACACUUUAAUUUCUCCAGAAUCCACACUGGACACUGUUAUGCAUAUAACCACUACUACAGGUGCUUCAUUUCCACUGAUGUCUACUGAAAUGACACACCCUUCUACAGCAACCGAGUCUUCACUAAUCUCUUCAUCUUUUGAGACAACUUGGAUGAACUCCACAUUUUCCUUCUUAUUUACACAAGCAUCUACUUCACCAAUUACCACAGUGUCUACAGUUUCCUUCUACAAUAUCAAAAUGAGCUUCUCUGUCUUUGAUGAAGAGCCACGGGUCCUCAUUACUACUGUUAUACAUGAAUUUGCAAAAGAUUGGUUGAAUUUCAUGUUUCAAAACAGCGAAUUUUCUCUUGCUAACUUGCGUAUUGAAAUUAAGAGCAGACAGACUUCCAAAGAAGACAUGGACAUGUACAGACGUAUUUUGGAACAGAGAAAAGGACAAGGAAUGGCUACAAUUUCUCAUGUACCAUACCGUUGUUCCUGCUGGGUCAUUAUAAAAGCCACCUCUUCUUUAGAGUCCGUGGAACUGAUGAGCAGGAUCCGAACUAAAAUACACGGGAACCUCACUCAUGGGAACUUCACCCAAGAUGAGUUGACUUUAUUGGUAAAGUCUGACCGUGUUGCAGUGAAAAAGCUAGAGCCAGGAAAAUGUGAAGCAGAUGAAACACCCUCAAAAUACAAAGGAACAUAUAAGUGGCCAUUAACUGACCCUACUGAGACAGCCCAAGAAAGGUGCAUUAAAAAUGCGAAUAGGAAUGCCACAAGAAUUUGUUCCAUCAACAUCCAAACUGGCAAGUGUCAGUGGGAAAAACCAAGGCUUAAGCAAUGCAAGUUGCUUCAAGGACUCCCUGAUAAGAUUAUGGAUCUUGCUAAUAUCACCGUAAGUGAUGAGAAUGCAGAAGAUGUCGCAGGACACAUUUUAAACCUGGUCAAUGAGUCCCCACCUCUGGAUGAAGAAGAGACAAAGAUUGUUGUUUCUAAAGUAGCUGACAUUUCUAACUGUGAUGAGAUAAAUACCAACCUAACUCAAAUCAUACUACAAAUCAUCAGCACCAUGACGGAAAAGCAGAGCAAUUCAGCCUCCAACCUGCCUCCAGUAAGCAAUAAAAUUCUAAGGAUAAUCGAGCAUGCUGGUCACAAGAUGAACUUUGUAGGGAGAACAGCAAAUGUCACUGUGGCCAGGCUGGCUUUGGCUGUGCUGCGGGUGGACCACAAGUUUAAAGGGAUGGCCUUUAGCAUCCGCUCCUCUGAAGACGUCAUAGCCCCGCAGAUUUUCCUUGGUGGUAUUCCUCUAAGGAGGGCUUUGGCUUCCAUAUAUUUGCCUAAAUCAUUGAGGGAGAAAGUUCCUCUUAAUGGCUUAAAAACCAUUUUGUUUAAUUUUUUUGGACAAACCUCACUCUUUAAGGCCCAAAACAACAAUACUUUAUUAAUGACAUAUGUUGUCAGUGCAAGCAUCUCAAAUAUGUCCAUUCAAAACUUGGCUGGUCCAGUGCUUAUCAUUCUGAAGCAUAUUCAAGGAAACUGGAAUUAUGGUCAAGUUUACUGUGCCUUUUGGGAUUUUGACACUAACAAUGGUCUAGGUGGAUGGAAUCCAUCAGGCUGUAAAGUAAAGGAAACCAAUGUAAAUUACACAAUCUGUCAGUGUAACCACCUCACUCACUUUGGAGUUUUAAUGGAUUUGUCCAGGUCUACAGUGGAUGCAGCGAAUGAACGGAUAUUAAUGAUUAUCACAUACACAGGAUGUGGCAUCUCCUCCAUUUUCCUGGGGAUUGCAAUGGUGACAUACAUAGCCUUCCACAAACUUCGAAAAGAUUAUCCUUCCAAAAUCCUGAUCAACCUAUGCACAGCAUUACUGAUGCUCAACCUAGCAUUUCUGGUUAAUUCCUGGCUGACAUCAUUUCAGAAAGUGGGACUAUGCAUCACAGCUGCAGUGGCACUCCAUUACUUUCUGCUGGUGUCUUUGACUUGGAUGGGCCUGGAGGCGGUCCACAUGUACUUUGCUCUAGUCAAAGUCUUCAACACAUACAUUCCCAAUUAUAUCCUGAAAUUUUGUGUGGCUGGCUGGGGAAUUCCAGCACUCACAGUGGUCAUCAUACUUAGUGUAAGAAAAGACCUCUAUGGAACUCUGAGCCCAACAACUCCAUUUUGUUGGAUUAAAGAUGAUCGCAUCUUUUACAUCUGGGUUGUGGCUUAUUUUUGCCUCAUAUUUCUUACGAAUCUCUCCAUGUUUUGCACUGUUCUCAUUCAAUUGGCUUCGGUGAAAUCCCAAAGCCAGAAGACGCGAAAGAAGAUGAUCCUGAAUGACCUCAAAGGCACAAUCAGUCUGACAUUCCUACUCGGCCUCACCUGGGGUUUUGCCUUUUUUGCCUGGGGACCUGUGAGGAUCUUUUUCAUGUAUCUUUUUGCCAUUUGUAAUACUUUGCAAGGGUUCCUCAUUUUUGUCUUUUACUGUGUGAUGAAAGAGAGUGUGCGGGAGCAGUGGCACACACACCUUCAUUGCAGGUGGCUUCGGCUGGAGAAUGUUUCGGGUAAGAUGUUUGGGAUAAAUGUUAGGCAUAAACAGAAGAGACUGGAGAAAGCCCAUGAGCCCAAAUUAUUGACAUUAUCACUCAAAUCAACAACAACCAAUUCCACUUUCAAAUCUAUUGGAUCUCUACCUGGUACUCCUUCAGAAAUAAACUUCCCAAAUGGUCACUUUGAUGGUGGUCCUUAUACCUUCUCUUCCUUGAGUUGUGAAGCUGUGCCUGCUUUUAUAAGGAGAGCAUUGCCUGCAAACAUCAAAACAAAUUCUAUUCAGAAACAAAGAUCAUUUUCUAUAAAUGUCAGCAGAGAUGCUCACCUGACUCCCAGCCCUGGACUGGGGGAAAUGUUCAAUUUGUAA